UGGAUCUAGACAGUCUUGGCUACUGGGUUCCCUCACAUGCCCCUGCUGGCCCAGACUCUAAUACUGUCUAGGGCUUUGUUUCUUAUAGAAAAGUAGGAUUGUAGUGGACCCCAUCUUCAAUGUGGAAUGCUGAAGCCCCUGCUGCUGUUUCUUCUUUCCCUAGAUACUGAAGGGAAGGCAUAUGCUCUGCAGAAUGACUCUGACUGUGGGCUCUGGGUAUCUGAGACUCCAGAUGGUUCUAGAAAAGUAUUGGUCUCCUAUACUAGCUGUUAUGUCUUUGAAUGGGAUGGCAAUUACCUCGUGUAGGUUGGGACUGAAGGAUCAGAUGCUGCUGGACAAAAGAUUCUUCAUGAAGAGAAGCGGCUCAGGUGCCCUGUGGACCUCCCUGCCCUGGAUGCUCCAAGCAGUAGUGUCUGUUCUGCUGUCCUCAGCCAAGACCAGCUGCCAUGUCCCUCCUUGCCUAUCAGCCAGGGAGACUGUGAAGUGCAAGGCUGCUGCUACGAUCCUAGGGACAGGGUGAAGCCUUGUUACUUUGGUAGCACAGUGACAGCUCACUGCACACCAGAUGGCCAGUUUUCCGUUGCUGUCUCUUGGGAUGUGACCUUGCCAGCUGUUAUCCUGGACUCUGUGCAACUGGCCAGUGGACACAGUACUAGCUGUGUUCCUGUUGUAAAAAACAAUGCCUUUGUUGUGUACUGGUUCUCACUCUCUGCCCGUGGCACAACUUUCUAGGUGACUGGAGACCAGGUCAUAUAUGAGAAUGACUUGGUGGCAUCCAGGGAUGUGAAGACUGGGAGCCUUGGCUCUGUCACUAGGGAUAGAACUUUCAGGUUGCUUGUCUGCUGUAGUUACUCUGUCACUGGGAGCUUUAUUCCCUUGAGUCAGGUCUUCACAUUGCCACUGCUCCCUGAUGUGUCCAGUCCAGGUUCUCUCUUCUUGGAGCUGCGUGUUGCCUCAGAUGGAAGCUAUACUUCCUACUAUACGGACAGUGACAAUCCUGUUGUAAAGACUCUGAGAGACCCUGUUUAUGCAGAAGUCAAGAUCCUUCAGAGAACAGAUCCAGAGCUGGUUUUGGUCCUGCACCACUACUGGGUGCAGUGGCCUGUUUUGGUGGAUGGGUGCCGUUAUGCAGGGGACAACUAUCAGACACAGCUGGUGCCUCUGAGUCUUGCCUAAGGACUACUGUUUCCCUCUCCUUACCAGUGUUUCACCCUCUACAUGUUCACCUUUGUAGACUCCGCUUCCCAAGAAAUGCUCUCUGGGCUGGUGUACCUGCACUGCAGUGCCUCAGUGUGCCACCAGUCUGUGCAGGAGUCCUGCACCAUCACUUGUCCUGUUAGAGCCAGGGUUAAAAGGAGUGAUGAACAUCCUCUUCGGGACAGUGCCUCCCAUGUCUCCAGCAAAGGCCCUGUGAUUUUUCUCCAGGAUGAGCUAAGAUGGAACAUGUCCAAGGGUGGCCUCGGAGCAGCUGUGAAUGCUGCAGCCCCCUGGGCUCUGGGGUUUGCUGAUGUAGCAACUGGGGCAGUUCUGUGCAUGGUGCUUGUGGCUGCUGUGCUGUGGAGAAGGAAGGUGCCUGUAACACAUGAAAUCAAUGUAUUGUAAUAAAGCAGCUGUCAAACUUGAUUGGUCUGUGGGACUUCUUCUCCCUAGCUCAGAGCAGAU